UCCACGACUUCACCUCUUGUGGUCUCCAAAAGAGAAAAGUUUUGUUCCAAGGGAGCAUUUUUCGGUUUCAUUUUUAUUGGCAGAUGAUUCACUUGAACGUCAACAAAUAGCAAAUUAGCUAUGUAGCUCGUUAGAAUCUGAGCAGCAAGUCCUCAUUAGUGUCAGCCGGUUUGCUGGAUAAACAGUUUUGUUUAGUAAAUGGAUUAUAUCAAUAGGAGCUGAACGCUGACGGAAGCCGCCACAAACGUGCUACACCAGAGAGGAUCUACCAGCGUCCUCCUGCAGGCGCCUGGAGCCUCAUGGAGGCUGCAUGUGUGGGUCCCCCACCCCACCACCACUACCCCCGCCGACACAGCCCGUCUCUUGCAAAGGAAAGGUGCUUGAAGCCCUCACAUCUCCUCCAGUGCUGCUAUUAGCAACAUGUCGCCCUUUCUGCGCAUUGGAUUCUCCAACUUUGAGAUGGACCCGGGCCUGGCGUACCACGAGGAGGUCCUUAGCCCCUACUGUGCCGUCUACAUGAAGGAGGCCGUCGACACAGAAAAGGGUCAGGUGUACAAGCAGAAGAAGCCCACCAUGUACCCCCCUUGGAGCACCACGUUCGACGCGCACGUGCACCGCGGGCGCAUCAUGCACGUCAUGGUGAAGGACCGCACGGCCGAGCUCAAGUCUGAGGCCACCGUCGUGUUGGACUCGCUGGCGACACGCUGCAAGAAGGAAAGCGGCAAGCUGGAGAUGUGGUUGGACUUGAAGCCGCAGGGCCGCCUAUUAAUGGAGGCCAGAUAUUAUCUGGAGAAAAGUGACGCGGCGGAGCAGGCAGAAGGCGAGCCGGGCCGAGAGGGUCUGUUCGCUCUCCACCAGCGACGCGGCGCCAUCAAACAGGCCAAAAUUCACGUGGUUAAAUGUCACGAGUUCAGCGCCACCUUCUUCCCUCAGCCCACCUUCUGUUCUGUCUGCAAAGAGUUUGUUUGGGGGCUUAACAAGCAAGGUUACCAGUGCAGACAGUGCAACGCAGCCAUCCACAAAAAAUGCAUCGACAAAGUCAUUGCCAAAUGCACGGGGUCGGCCAUCAACAGCAAGGAGACCAUGAUCCACAAGGAGCGCUUCAAGAUUGACAUGCCGCACAGGUUCAAAGUGUACAACUACAAGAGUCCCACCUUCUGUGAACACUGUGGGACCCUCCUGUGGGGGCUGGCCAAGCAGGGCCUCAAAUGUGAGGAGUGUGGCAUGAAUGUCCACCACAAGUGUCAGAAGAAAGUGGCCAACUUGUGUGGAGUCAACCAGAAGCUGAUGGCAGAAGCUCUGGCCUUAAUCGAGAGCAAACAGCAGGCCAAGAGCACCAGAGAAACUGACAUUGUUGGUCGGGAAGGUCCAGUAGGUGUCAGCCAGCCGGGAAUGAUCCGAACUCUGAGUGCAAUCGACGUGAAUUCAGCUGCUUCAGCGACGCCUGCUAGCAAAGAGUUGCAGGGUGUUUCCUGGGAGGGGCCAGCAGACACCAGCAAGCCGCACGUUGACGAGGAGGAGCCGCUGUACAAUUUUCCGAAAAAGGAUCAGCCCAAAUUUUCCAUCGACGACUUUAUCCUGCACAAGAUGCUCGGAAAGGGCAGCUUUGGCAAGGUGUUUUUAGCCGAGCUGAAAAAGAGCGGGCAGUUUUUUGCUGUCAAGGCUUUGAAGAAGGAUGUGGUUCUGAUGGACGACGAUGUGGAGUGCACCAUGGUGGAGAGGAGGGUCCUCUCUUUAGCCUGGGAAAACCCCUUCCUCACGCACUUGUACUGCACCUUCCAGACGAAGGAGAACCUGUUUUUUGUGAUGGAGUACCUGAAUGGAGGCGAUCUCAUGUUCCACAUCCAGAACUGCCACAAGUUUGACCUGCACAGAUCCACCUUCUAUGCGGCUGAGAUCGUCUGCGGUCUUCAGUUCCUCCACUCCAGAGGCGUCAUUUACAGGGAUCUGAAGCUGGACAAUGUGCUGCUGGACUCCGAGGGACAUAUCAAGAUCGCAGACUUUGGCAUGUGCAAGGAGAGCAUGCAGGACGAAUCGAGGACAUCCACCUUCUGUGGGACACCGGACUACAUCGCCCCCGAGAUCCUGCUGGGUCAGAAGUACAACAGCUCAGUUGACUGGUGGUCGUUUGGGGUUCUGCUGUACGAGAUGCUCAUCGGUCAGUCUCCCUUCCACGGCCGAGACGAGGAGGAGCUCUUUCAGUCCAUACGCACGGACAACCCCAUGUACCCCCGCUGGCUCACCAAAGACACCAAGGAUAUCCUGGUCAAGCUGUUUGUCAGAGAGCCUGAGGGGCGUCUGGGAGUGAAGGGGAACAUCAGGAAGCACAACUUCUUCAGCGCCACCGACUGGAACGCACUGGAGCUACGGCAGGUGGCACCGCCCUUCAGGCCGACCUUGACAUCGCCCAGCGACUGCAGCAACUUUGAUAAAGAGUUCAUCAACGAGAAGCCCCGCCUGUCGUGCGCUGACCGGACACUCAUCAACAGCGUGGACCAGACCAUGUUCCAUAACUUCUCCUUUGUCAACCCGGGCAUGGCCCACGUGGCAGUGCGCUGAUCACAUGACUGACCAAGCAGUACUCGUAGCGAUGAGACUUUAAACGCUCCGUGAUGUGACAACCACCAAGCGGGUGGCGUGACCUGUGAUGUCGCUGCAGCCAAGUAAGACAAAAACUGACAGUUUGCACAAGCAAUGAAGAAUGUAAUUAAAAGUAGCAACUACUGUAUAUAACCUUUGUUCUUACCAGGGUGUUGGUUGUAUAUCAGUGAUGAUGCAUGUGGACUCAUUUACCUCAGGUCAUACAGUAUGUCCAUAGAUUCAUAGUCACCCAGGUCAUGGUGAUCCGCAAAGGUUGAUCGGAGGCAACUGGGCUCAUCAUUUCAUCUUUAAUCCAAAAGGCUUCUUCAGUUCAUAAUUUUAGGGGUGGAGUUUCCUUAUGUAUGCCCCUGUGUCCCCUGGGGGUGGUCACAGUGGGGUUGUUGCCUGUGCUGCUGGUGGACGACUGCGCUGCAGAACAGCUCCUUUGUGGCCACGCUUCCCGUGGUAUGAGACCAUUUUUGGGACAUUGUUAUAAGCAGAUGAUAAUUGAUGGUGGUUUGUUGUCCUCAGCAAACAAUAUGGGUCCAGUUUUCCCGAUUCAGCCUUUUGUGGAUUUAUUUACCUGGGGUGUGUUUGUCAAUAAUCGAUAUAUAAAUAAUGCUGUUAAUGUCACUGACCUGUUUACAUUUGAUGUGUUAAUGUACCUCAGGAGUUUUGCGCUCAUGUUUGUGAGUCGUGGAAAAUAAAACGUCUAAUGCUAAG